AAAUAUAUAGCAAAAGAUAUGAUGAAGUUGAACUCUCUUUGCGUUUUUGUGUUUGCUCUCUUUCUUGUCAUCUCAGCCUUCGCCGCUGAUACAUCUCAAGAUGAGAACAAGGAAUUUGUAAAUUCCAAAGCCAACCAAAGGACAGUGGAACCGGAAGGCUACGGCUAUGGAUCUGGCGGGAAUGGCGGGUAUGGCUACGGUUGGGGCGGAAAAGGUGGACGCGGUGGUGGGGGAGGACGUGGCGGUGGAGGUGGUGGUUGGAGCGGCGGCGGCGGCGGAUGUAAGUAUGGUUGUUGUGGACACGGAUAUGGAGGGGGGUGCAAGUGUUGCCACAACGCUGAAGAAGCAGCAUCUUACCUGAAGAUGAUUCAAGAAGCCCAGCCUUGAGCACUAUAUUCCUAGUGUUAUGUUUAUCAAAUACGUAGUACAUUUAGAAUAAACUGUGUUGUUGCAUGUAAGCUACAACCCUUGUAGCUCUAAUAGGAAUAUUCAGAAUAACACGG